AUGUCUACGCAACAGCUAGCAAUAUACUCUGCUAUAGCAGCUGUAUUCAUCUCUUCAAUACUACUAUUCUCCAAACAAUGGCUAUCCAACCUGUUCUCACCUAGAUAUGCUCAAUCGAUCAAAAAGGAAAUUCGAAUUCAGAAACUAUUCAUUCACCCAAUAAAGAGUUGUCGUGGUACUUCUGUUCCUGAAGCUUAUUUCGAUGAAGGUGGGCUGCGUUAUGAUCGUUCUUGGUUAAUCAUUGAUGGACAAACGAAGAAAUUUCAAACGGCCAGAGAAUUACCAAAGAUGGUCGUAAUCAGUCCACGAAUGGAUCUUGCGAAUAAUUCACUGGAGAUCACCAUACCAUUACCAGAGAAAGGUGACGUUCUCGUAAAGACACCUUUAGAUCCUUCAAAAGAACAACUAUCAGAGAUGGAAAUCGUCAAAGGGAUAAUUAUCUGGGGCGAAGAAGCUGAUGGAUAUGCUGUUUCCAAAGAAGCAGACGAAGCACUUUCACAAUUUUUCGAAAGACCCGUUCAACUCGUACGUAAGGGACCUGGGCUUAGAAAUGCAGGACCUGAUGAUCCGAGAAAAGAAAAGUCUGUAAUGCAUUUCCAAGACUUUUAUCCGAUUUUAAUCGCCUCUAAAGCUUCAAUUCAACACGUUCGCGAUACACUUGUUGCUUCCAUUUAUCCCAAUCUAAGAUCAUCAACCAAAUACGAUCAAGCCCUACCAGCAAAUCAUGCAGGUGUAGUACAGGCAUUCAAAGUGAGCGAUAAGAUCUCAAAAGAUCGUUGGACGCCCGAAGCGUUGGAAUCUUUCCCGAUCGAACGUUUUCGUCCGAAUAUCGUUGUAGAGAGCUUUAAUGAUGAUCAUGGUCGAGAUCUCAACAAGGCUCUCGUUCCUUGGGAAGAAGAUGCUUGGACACACAUCGAGGUUUUUGAUGGAAGAACGUCUGCUGCAAGCGGAAAAGAAGCAGGAGGGAUCGGUUUCGGAUCUAGUAUCAAUGGAAAAGGUACUUCGAUCGAUUGUGUUGCCCGUUGUGGUAGAUGUCUUGUGCCAAACGUUGACCCUCAGCAAGGCGUGCGGGAUAGUUAUGUGCCUUAUACAAUCUUACAACGCUUUAGACAAGUGCAACCCGAAUAUGCAAAAAAGGGAAAACCUUGCUUUGGCGUUCUGGCAUCUCCUGCUCAACCUUCAGGGUUACUCAAAGUUGGCGAUAUCGUUCGUGUGACAAGCGUGAUGGAUCCACAAAAGCGAAAAUUAGGUAAAUAG